UUAACCACAACUUGGCUAUACGUCCGUGCUAAUGUUGUACUUGUUGAAUUUGUACCUUAUAACGUUCGACAGCUGAAGUUGUUGUUGUACAAAAAUAACAUGCGGUAUAUACUAUAUAGUCUAUAGCCUAGCUAGCUAUUUUCGAAAAGCGGACAACGAGAGGAUACCAAAGGCAGCGUUAAGAUGGACACCACCGGGAAAACGUAAGCCAGGGCGGCCAAAGAACACCUGGCGAAGAACAGUUGAAGGGGAGCUGAAAGAGAUGAAGCUUACAUGGGGAGAGGCACAGAGACGAGGACAGCAGCGAGAUGAAUGGCGUCGAGUCGUCGAAGCCUUAUUUCCCAUCCGGGAAGAAGAGGGUUAAGUUAAAUUUGUCGCCAGUGCCUGCGCGAGGAGCCUCCACAUUCAUCCAGAUGUUGCACGACGAGCUCCGCCCAACGCAGUUCUAGAGAAAGUAUUUACAUCCAUAACAAAGAGUCCGGAGCCCCGCCACCUGGACGGCCUGUCCAAGCAGCUGGACUGGGAGGUGCGAAAGGUCCAGCGCUGGUUCCGACAACGCAGGAACCAGGAUAAACCCAGCGUACACGCUAAGUUCUGCGAGAGCAUGUGGAGGUUAACGUUUUAUUUGUGCAUAUUUACCUAUGGCUUCCAGUUUCUCUGGCAGACCCCUUGGAUGUGGGACACGCGGCAUUGCUGGUACGGUUACCCUUACCAGGUCAUGACCCCUGGGCUUUACCGCUACUACGUGGCAGAGCUGGCCUUCUACUGGUCGCUUAUGUUCUCCCAGUUCACAGACAUUAGGAGGAAGGACUUCUUGGCCAUGUUGGCUCAUCACCUGGUGACAGUGGGCCUGAUCAGCUUCUCCUACGCCAACAACAUGGUGCGGGUGGGCAGCCUGGUGAUGUGUGUGCACGACGCCUCCGACUUCCUGCUCGAGGCAGCCAAACUGGCCAACUAUGCCAAGUAUCAGCGGCUGUGUGACUUCCUCUUCAUCGUGUUUAGCGUGGCGUUCUUCAUCACGCGGCUUGUCAUAUAUCCACUGUGGGUGCUGAACUCCACCAUGUUCGAGAGUUGGGCUAUAGUCGGCCCCUUCCCGUCGUGGUGGCUCUUCAACGUGUUACUGCUGGUGCUGCAGGUGCUGCACGUCAUCUGGUCUUACCUCAUCGCACGCAUCGCCAUCAAGGCCGUCCUAAGGGGCAAGGUGUGCAGCGACGUGCGCAGCGACGUGGAGAGCAGCUCCGAGGACGAGUCGCCGCGGGAGGAGAACGGCGCCAACGGCCACUGCGCCGCCAGGAGCCGGCCUCAGAACCACGGCGACUGCUCGCAUCAUGCGUGACCUUUUCGAGUAAAUAAAACGCUCGCCGUCGGUGAAGGGACGAUGCAGAGGUCACACGUUAAAAACAAAAAAACUGAUACGUCGGGAGAUCUCGGUGUAGUGACGUCAUCGAACUUAGCGUGUUUCGGGAUUUUUUUAUUCUUAUUCUUAUUGUUGGAUGACUUAGUGGCUACCUGUACAGGUGUCAGGCACAUACAUAUACAUUUAUUUCCCUGUUGAAAGCUGCUGUGCUACAAACAACUGCAUUGCAUCCCAAUGUCCUGCAGGAAAUAGAGGGGGGGGGGGGGGGGGUGCCAAUCAG